CACGCACGCGGCGGGCGGGCACGCUCGCUGGCUGACUGGCUGGCUGGCCCGGUGACGAUCAUGUGUAGUCCACGCGUCGUUUAAAGUAGGUUAGCGCCAGCCGCAGAGAAGGAAGGAAGGAAGAAGCUGCGAGACCGACCAACGCAAGAGUUCACCGCAACGACCCAACCGCAAAGGCAAACCGCGUAGAAAGAGGAAUUUCAUGACUCGUAUAGAAUAAAUCGACGACAUGAGAGCUCAAAUCGAAGUGAUACCCUGUAAAAUCUGCGGGGACAAAUCCUCAGGGAUCCAUUAUGGUGUCAUCACCUGUGAAGGUUGCAAGGGUUUCUUCCGACGCAGCCAGCAGAACAAUGCCAUGUACUCCUGCUCCCGACAGAGAAACUGCCUAAUCGAUCGGACCAAUCGCAACCGCUGUCAACACUGCCGGCUGCAGAAGUGUCUCGCUCUGGGCAUGAGCCGUGACGCGGUGAAAUUUGGCCGCAUGUCCAAGAAGCAGCGCGACAGCCUGUACGCGGAGGUCAAGAAGCACCAGCAGUCGCAAGAAAGCGCCGGCGCGGCCGCCCGGGAAGAGAACGGCGACAUCGGCGACCACGACCGCGCCUAUAGAAGAGUGUCAAGCACCACCUUGGGCGAUCUGGAUGACUUCAGCAUGCUGCCCGACGGGCUGCUCUUCGACCUGCCGCUGACCCCCGAGGACGGGGGCGACUACGGCAGCUUGGACAUGCUGGCCGGUAGCGCCGGCAGCAGCUCAUCUUCUCAAAGCUCACCGGAACAGAGCGGCUUGGACUUCACGGAGGGCAAUCACGGCAUCAAACACGAGUACCAGCUGUUGCACGACUCUGGGCUCUUCUCGCACGCCAUCCACAACCCGCUGCCCGAAGGAUGCUCCCUGCUUGAACUCGAGCACAUAACUCAGUGCGUGGUGAAGUCCCAUAUCGAGACGAGCCAAUACAGUACGGAGGAGCUGAAAAGAAUGGCGUGGUCCACGUAUAGCGUGGAAGAGACCCGAAUGUACCAAUCGAAGUCGGCUGAAGUGAUGUGGCAACAGUGUGCCGUUCACAUCACCAACGCUAUUCAGUACGUGGUGGAGUUUGCCAAGCGCAUCUCUGGCUUCAUGGACCUCUGUCAGAAUGAUCAGAUCAUCCUCCUCAAAGCAGGCUGCAUGGAUGUCCUUCUGAUCCGAAUGUGCCGGGCCUACAACCCCGUCAACAACACCUUCCUCUUUAACGGGAGGUUCGCCCCCGCUCACUUCUUCAAAGCGCUCGGCUGCGACGACCUGGUGGCGGCCGUGUUCGACUUGGCCAAAAGCCUGAGUCGCAUCCAGAUGUCUGAAGAGGAGAUGGCCCUCUUCACCGCCGCUGUGCUGCUCUCGCCAGACCGACCCUGGCUGACGGAUGUGCAACAGAUCCAGAAGCUUCAGGAGAAGGUCUACGUAGCCCUCCAGCGCUGCUUACAAAAAGGCGGCGCAUCCGAAGAGAAGCUCACCAAGAUGGUGUCCAAACUUCCCGUCAUGAGGUCCAUUUGCAUGCUCCACAUCGACAAACUGGAGUUCUUCCGUCUGGUCCACCCCGAGACGGCGUACACCUUCCCGCCGCUGUACCGGGAGGUGUUUGGCAGCGAACUCACGUUCCCGGACUCCACAGAAUGUUAAGCGUGCACUCGCUUCAAAAGCAAACUGAAAAAUCAAAACAGAGAGUCUGCAACAGAGACCGUGUGAGGGAGGGGGCGAGCAAGCCAAACCACGUGGCUGCAGCUCGAUGACAAUCCUGCACGCUCCGACCCAGACCGCCCCCCUCUGGCGCCGUCGCCGCGCCCAAGGGUGCCCGCUAAAUCUCUCUUGGAGAGAGCUGGGAGAAACAUUACAAGAGUGGCCUAGAUAAUUUGUAUUUUCCAAAUGAUUUAUUUUAAAAGCAUAAGUAUGCAGUUCUCAGAGCUCCAGUAAGCUAUGGUUGAAUGUAAUGCGGCCCCUUCGAGCAUUCAGCACAGCCUCAAGGCCUGUUCCCGAAUGUACAUACUGAAUACUUACUGACCUCGCAGAUUUUUAAUUUUUUUUUUUUUGGUGUGGUAGCAAUCCACCGCUUGUCACUUAGCAUCAGUUGUCUCCUUUUCGCAAGGUUUUCGUCGUGCAAACAAAGCGUUCAAAGGGACCACCAAUCAAUCUCAGUCCUGCUUCUCUCCCCGUCUCAUGCAGGUAUUUUUUUUUUCCCCCCCCUUCAGACACUGAAGUAAAUGGGCUCCUUUUGAUGCAAUCAUUACCUCAGUCCCAUGCGCCUUUCCCUUUGCAUAUGCCACUUAGAGGAGAGAUUGUGAAUCUAUUUUUAGAGUUUCCAUUUUAUAUAUCUAUAUAGUGUUUCUAUAGUCGUUUGUAGGAGACAAAUGCGCCCAGGUCGCACACAUGCUGCCUGCCUGUACCAUGGAAGGGUGUUUUAGCUCUUGACAAAAUCCAGGGGAGAAUUAAUUGGAAAAUCUGUUUUGGGCUCUGAAACAAAAAUAGUUUGUUUUUUUUUUAUCGAUGGAAUUAGCGGGAAUGAAAUUAAAGGCUGACUCAUAAUGGACACCUUUUUUUACAGAAAUUAAAAUAUUAUAAUAGCUAAAGUUCUGAGCGUUUGAACCGAGCUAUUAUGUGCUUUUCGACCACAGCAUGUUUUGAUUGGAGGGGGCGGAGCCAAAGGAUAAAGAGUUGACAGAUGGGCCGCUGGUUAGUUAAGCUCCUUAGACGUCGGUUGGAAGGGAUUUAUUAUCUGCGCCAACUCUCACUACAGCAUAUUUGUGAAUAAGUGAGGUUUACAACUUUUGACCUCCCGACAUUUUGUGACUUGAACACGAAAUUUGGAGGCAAAUCUGGAGCUCCGAUUGGUUCUUCAAAAUUUUCACUCAACUUUGGAGGUUGCUCAGUCGAAUCUUUUGACCCUUUACUACCUCAUUCCCUCUCAAACAUUCAUGCUGAAAAGCUUCUGCACAAGAUGUAGUACACUAAUAUGCUGACACACACGUCACUCACCAAGUUAGGCCCCGCCUUCUAAAGCGACAGAACGACGAUGUAGAAUGUGACAAUGGCAAAAAAAUACCCCGGAACCUCACAUGCAUAUUUUGUUUUAUAACGCAAAAUCAAUCAUUUAUCCUGAAAUUUUACCCCAAAUUCUAACAUUGAAAGUAAAAAAAAAAAUAUUGCUACCAGUAUUCCGCGCAAGCUAGCACUUGUGUAGCAUAUUGAGACAAUCAUACGCCGGAUGUGAAAUAUUUUGAUCGGAUUUGCGUGGCACUGCUGGGACAGUGCUGUCGCCCAUACGGAUGCUCUCAAGUUGUGUAAAAAGAAAAAUGAAAACAGCGCACACAAAACAAAAACGAGAUGCCGUCGUCGUUGCGGCGGCACAGUGGGAUUGUGCAAUUAGGCCUUUGUUGCCAAACAGUGAACUUUAAAGUAGCAUAGACUUUUUUUAAAGGUUCUUUGGAUUCUAAUAUGAUAAAUUCAAAGCUGACCCAUGCGCACGGUUGGCCGGAUUGUAACAAGGUGCAAUACUUUGUCGGAGAAUGUUUAAUUAAGCACGUUUUGUUUUUUUUCUUGUUUUUUUAUUUCUUUCCCCUUCAAUCAUUGCAAUCCUCCACGCCGCAAUUUUAACGGGACAAAAUGUUCCCCGCUGAAGUUCCUCAGGGUGAUAGCUCGGCUCUCUGUCCUGUCCCGCCGUGUCAACGAGGCACUUGGCAUUGACAAACUGCAGAGGACCUUUAAACCUUGAUCACUGUGUACAGUUCUUGUGAAUGUUGGAUUACAGGAAAUAUCAAGGAAUAGAACCCUUUUGAUAAUUGUUAAUGCAAGACAUGUUGCGUUGGCGUUAUAGAUUUAAUAGGAUAUUGAUACAAAUCAAGAAAAAUGUUAUAAAAAAAAAAAGUGAAAUAUAAAAUUGUAAUCUUUGAUCCUUGUCUUGGUUUUGAUGUGAUCUUCAAUUUU